AUGAGCGCAGAUCGCCACCUCCGGCGGCUUACCAAAUCCGGCGAGACAUCCGGGCCGGAGGCGCGAACCACGAUGGUGGCUUCCGCCGUCCUCAAGCUGAGCGUGGACUACGAGCAAAGCCAUGAGCUCCCCAUCGGCAAGGCCGUCUACUCCGACACCGUCUCCGUCGGGAAGGACAGCCUCUGGAGGGUCGAGUGCUUGCUCCGCGGGGAGAAGGUCUCCGACGGGGGCAAGUACAUUUCAGUCUUCCUCAGGCACAUGGGCGAAUCCACAACCGUCAUGCCUGUCUUCGAGGUUUGCUUGAUGGACAGGGGCGGCAGGCCGUCAAUGCGCCAAAGAAAGACCACUCUUCGUGACUGCGAGACUACCAUGGCGGGCGACGGGAACGGCCGCACCUGGGGAUGGGCUCAGUUCAUCGCAGGAAGUCUGGCGGAGAGAAAUUACACAACGGCUGAUGGGCACAUUACAUUUUUGUGCUCCAUCAUGGUCAUCGAUGAAAGCUCCACUCCGGUGCCGCCCUCCGACAUCGAGGGCCAGAUGUUCCCCGCUCACCGAGCAGUGCUAGCCGCUCGUUCGCCGGUCUUCAGGGCGGAGCUCUUCGGCUCCAUGUCCGAGGCUACAAUGCCAUCCAUCACGCUGCAGGACAUCACGCCUGCGACAUUUGAAGUUAUGCUUAGGUACAUGUACACGGAUGCCUUGCCCGCAGACAACCUGCCUGGGGGCCGUCCCAUUGACAUGCUUCAGGAUCUGCUUGCUGCGGCCGACCGGUAUGCACUCGACAGGCUAAAGAUUAUUUGCGCGCACAAGUUAUGGGAGGAGGUGUCUGUAGAAACAGCCGCAACUAUCUUAGCUUGCGCCGAAACCUACAGCUGUGCAGAGUUGAAGAGCAAGUGCAUGGACUUCAUCAUGCUGGGCAAAAAUUUGAAAGAGGCCAUGUUCACUGAGAGUUGUGGGUUGUUGCUUGUCAAGUUCCCAUCCGUUGCUGCUGAGCUCAGAGAGAGGCUACAUGACAGGAUUUAUGCGUGUGAGAAUGGAACAGAGGCUACAGAAGACUGGGGAUCAGACUGCACUAGAGCAAGGGGCGGUGAUGCUGAAGGCAACGCUUACAACCUGAUGAGAAUUUGUGCGGCGGUACAAGAUGGUGCUUCCUUGGCUGGUUGUUAG